AUGAGUUCUCCAAAGACCACACUGUCAUUCUUCCUACGCUUCGAGGAUAUCCCCCAAGCGGUGUACCGCUGGAACCCAGACGCCUACGAUGGCGAUGUUAUGGCGGGUGACUUGGUGGCCCUUCUGGAUCAAUUGAAGAUUGAACAAGCAAUUUUUGCAGGAGGAGAUGUUGGAGGCAUUACUGUGCAAAAGUUGGCUUUUCUACAUCCCGAGAGGCUAUUGGGUCUGGUCAUGUUCAAUACACCAAUUCUCGGCACUAUGAUGCACCUUAUCCACCACGACAAGGAACAACAGCAGCUAUCCAAGUAUUCACUCAAGUACAUCAAGCACAACCCCGGUGACGAGUACGACUUGGACCACGUCGUCGGCGCCAUUACGGAUCCCGAGUACCGCGCCGAGAUUAAAGAGUAUCUCAAGAACUCUCCAGAAGGCGGCAUGUUUUACUUUUUUUCUCAAGAACUUUCCCGCGCGGCCCCAGGCUGGACACUGGCCGUGGAGAGAAGAUGCGCCAAAAGUGAACCGAGAGCUACGGUCAUGGCUUGA